UUCGACGCGCUCAAAUGGGAUUCAAAGACAGGCUACGUGUGGAGCGAUUCUUCUUCCUGCAGAGCUCCUGGUCAGUGGACGCAUCACUCUGAGGAAUUGUUACCUGCUGCCAUGGGGGCUUCUGAGAGCUACCCAGCAACACCCACCUGCAAGCCUUUGCUUAAUAAACACCUGGCGCAUGUCAGAGACCCACGAUCACCCACCGCUGGGAUCUUGAGAACUCCCAUUGAGGUAGACAGCUCCGCCCAGGGGAGUCCCAUAUCGCUUUUGAAAGAAAAUGAAUUGGUGGCCAAUAACCAGAAUCUGAACUGCGACCCACGCUCCCCAACACCCGGUAUCUCGCGUACCCCCAUGAAAGCUGUGGUGGCUGACACCCUAAACUGCCCGGUGAAGCAGCUCAGCGAAGUCUUUAUGGCAGUGAAUAUGGACGAAGAGCUGCUUCUUCAGGAGCCUGACUGCUGCGAAGGCCAGAAGCCUGGAGUCGCCGAUGUGAUGGAGGAGGCCUCAGGGGGAAAAGCUGCUUCUGGAGAAUCAUCCCAGGAGAGUCCCUUGUGGGCAGAGGAGGAGAGAAUUGGGCAGCUGCCCUCCCUUGCGUCUAUUGCAGCGGCUACAAGACCAGCUCACCUUGCCAGUGUCCUUUAUCCUACAGGGAGCAAGCCCACAAGGCGCAGGGUGAAUAGCAAAAUUCUGGCAAAGUCAAUGGGUGCUGGACGUUCGCCUCUUAGUAUCCUGCCGGAUGACAACUCCCCAAAUUCCCUUGCUUCUCAUCAGAGUAAGAGGUGUCUGCCGGUGGCAGAUAACCAACGAGAGCGCAAGGAGGGCGGGUUAAGCUCUGGCCGAAGCCUCAAAUCAAGCAGCUGCAGCUGGGAUUCCUUAGACAAGGAGAAUCAACGGUGUCGUUUGGUGGACAAUUAGUCUCCUUCAGAUUCUCCAUGGAUUACUGGCCUCUGGCAGGGAGGCUUCAAAGACUCUAGUGGAGGCAUGUGGUGGCAGCGGCAUGGUCUUUGCCUCCCUGGCAGCUUGUUUCCUGUGUGCCACAUCUGUCCUAGGCAAGAGAGGGAGACACCUUCAUAUAUUUCCCCCUCUCUAGUUCUCAUAUUUAUGUUUUAUCAUGUACAGAUCCUUGAAUGUUCACUACUACCAAAUUUCUGUGUU